UCAUUUCCAGCGCGACACAGACGUCACCGGCUUGACUGGAAAGGUCAAUCGCGGCUGCGGGAGAUGCUCGCCCGCACUUGAUGUCUGGUGUCUCUGGCGCAUGCGCGCGGAGUCCUUGGGUGACCGGCGCUUGUCGCUGGUCUGCGAGGCCGGUGUCCUGAGAGACUUCCGUCGUAUCGCAGACAUGCUGAACCGGCUUGCCAGCCGGUGGCUGCGGCCGCUGCCCGCACUGCGGCUUAGGGCUCGGGGCCUGCCGCUGGUGCCGGCCCCGCCGAGUGGCGCCAAGGCCCCUUGUCUCCCGGUGUGGGCGGUGGCGUCAGUCUCUGCAGCCGGCGCGGGCGGCUGGUACGAGGCCCUGGCCGCUUCGGCGCCGGUGCGGGGCGCCGAGGCCGUGCUGCUUGGGACGCAGGCCGCCACGGGCCUGCCAUGGUGGGGUAGCAUUCUCCUCACCACGGUGGCCGUGCGCGGGGCCGUCACGCUGCCCUUGGCGGCCUACCAGCACUACAUCCUGGCCAAGGUGGAAAAUUUGCAGCCAGAAAUUAAAAACAUUGCCAGGCAUCUUAACCAAGAAGUUGCAGUUCGUGCAAAUCAGUUGGGGUGGUCCAAAAGAUUUGCCAGGCUCACUUAUCUAAAGAAUAUGAGGAGGUUUGUUUCAGAGCUGUAUGUUCGGGAUAACUGCCACCCUUUCAAAGCCACUGUGUUGGUCUGGAUUCAGCUUCCAGUGUGGAUCUUCAUGUCUGUUGCUCUCCGGAAUUUUAGUACAGGGGCAACAAAUUCAGAAGCAGGUUUUUCUGUUCAGGAGCAGUUAGCUACUGGCGGGGUCCUAUGGUUUCCUGACCUUACUGCUCUCGAUUCCACUUGGAUUCUGCCUGUCUCUGUUGGUGUCGUCAACUUAUUAAUAGUGGAGAUUUUUGCUCUACAAAAAAUUGGAAUGUCUCGUUUUCAGAUGUAUAUUACACACUUCGUCCGUGUAGUAUCGGUGUUGAUGAUUCCAAUUGCCGCAACAGUACCUUCAUCAAUUGCUCUCUACUGGUUAUGUUCCAGCCUCAUGGGCCUUUCACAGAACCUGUUGCUGCGUUCUCCUGGAUUUCGCCAACUUUGCAGAAUACCCUUGACCAAGUCAGAUUCAAAGACUCCUUAUAAAGACCUAUUUGCUGCUUUUCAUACCAAGUUCAUUUCAAGAAAAUGACAUAUUUUUCAAUAAUUUUGAAGCAGUUACAAGUGUCACUAUCACCUUAAUGUAUUUAUAUUUAGAGAUUCAGGUAUGAUUUAAUUUGCCUUUAUUUAAAAUCAUGAACUUCAUGAACUGUUGUAGGUUGAGGUGUAAUCCAGAUAUAUUUGAAAAUAAUUAAAGUCUAUCAAGUGCUAGAAAUAUAGUAUGUUUAAUUAUAAGAGUAUAAGAAUGAAACCAAAAUGUCUAUCCCUGUUUGUAAAAUUAUACUUCUUAGGGGUGUCAGAACUUUGGAAAACAGAUUUAGACACUAAAUGAUGUCAAAUUAUACCAGACUCUCCCACACAUUAGAGCUUGGAAAAUAAGAGAAUCCAAUGAAGUGAUACUAUAGACCUAUCUGAGCACCCGAUAAAAGGCUAUGUAUGAUUUUCGAUUCAGAACAAUCCUAGGACUCAUUAAAUGGGAACUUCAUUGACACCCCAGAUGUCUUCCAGCAUCUCCUGCUUAAGACAUUUUAUUCUAAUGGAACAUAUAUUGCUGUUGAGUUAAUGUGUAGCUGAAAAAAAAAAGUACUUGAAAUACAUGCAAUAGGGUAGUCCAUGUAUACAGCUACCUAAUAUGGUAGAUAGUGUUGCUUCACAGCCCUGCUCUGAAAGAAUAUAAAAAGUGUACAUUUCUUUUUCUGUAAUUUAGGAAGUCUGGAAUACAGGCUGUAGCACUAUGUACUGCUAGAGCCCAAAGUGGAAAAUCUUAAGCAUUAAGUUUGUUUAGUCAAAGGAAGAAAAUUAGAAGAUGAGCUACCUAUUGUGGACAUGAUUUUUAAACUCUUUAUAUUUAGAAGGGUUCAGUACUCUAAUAGACUUAAACUAUGAUAGAGGUUUAACAUAGGAAAAAUCCGGUUGUUUACUUGCUUAAUUCGGAAAGAUGAUGAAAUUAACUCUGGUCUAGAUAUUUAGGAAUAGGUUUGACAGGUAUUUGAGAUUAUAAAUUUUCAUUGAAUUAGAAUAUCGACCUGAUUCUGAGAAACCUUAUCAUUCCAUCUUGAUGUUUUACAAUGAAAAUACAGGUGAAAUUAAUUAGUCAUUUCUUUGAGCGAUGUCUGUUAAAUCUUUGUUGGCCUACUUAAUGGAUUAUGAAAUUUUUUUAUUAAAAAAAAUUUUUUUAGAGAUGAGGUCUUGCUUUAUCACCCAGGCUACUCUUGAACUCCUGGCCUCAAGCAGUCCUCUACCUCAGCUUCUGGAUAGCUGGGAUUACAAGCACAAGCCACCAUGACCAACUGAAGUUUUUUAAUAUAAAAAAUUUACUAUAAAGAGAGGUAAGAAUAUUGGUUGCCACGUUCCUGUAGUUGCCUGAGAAUUUAGUGGUACAUGGUGGCAGUUAAGAUUAGAUUCUCUUUUCCUGAAUUUCCCGUCCUGGUUUAUGACAACCUUAUUGAGACGACUGUUCUUUUCAUUCAUAGUGAAGAAAUUGUACUUAUGUACAGUGGAUCUUUAUUACUUUGUGGAUUUCAUAUUUGUGAAGUUGCCUACUUGCUAAAAUUUAUUUCUAACCCCAAAAUCAAUAUUUUCAGUAAUUUUGAGAUCAUUCAUGGACAAAGAUUUGAGUCACCUGAUACACAUGUUCCUAACAGAAGUCAAACAUGGUGGCACUCUGCCUUCUUUCAGCUCUCAUACUAUAAACAGUUAUCCUUUUUGCAAACUAUUUAGUGCCAUGUUUUUCUCAUUUCUGUGCUUUUUUCUUUGGUGAUUCUACUGCUUAAAAUGACUUUAAGUAUACUUCUGAGGUGCUAUGUAAUGUUCCUAAGCUGAAGAAGGCUGUGAUGUACCUUAAGGAAAAAAUAAGUGUGUUAGAUAAGCUUCAUUUAUGCAUGAGUUAUAGUGCUGUUGGCAGGGAUUUUAGUGCUGUUCGAUCAACAACAUAUUGUAUUAAUCUGUUGACAAAAAUACCAAGGCUUGCAGGAACCUAACCCUGUGAGUGCCCUAGGAGCAUUGGUUCACUAAUUCAGUGUUUGUGGACUUUGUGAGACAUAACUACCAUGAGUAAUGAUAAUUCACUUUAUUUGUAACAUGUAUAAUCAAGGAAGCAGAGGUAGAAAUGGUUGUGCUGGUUAUAUAUAGUAUAAAGAGGAAAGGAAAUUUGAGAAAAAUUUUGGCAGUUACAACUUAUCUCUGGAACAGCUUGGCACUUGCCAUGUGUAUUAUUGUCUACUGAUUUGAAUAUUUUUCUCAUAAUGAAAUCAGGGAAAUUAGUCUCCUUUCCCCACCUUGUCAUUUUUUCGAGAAGGUAAGAGACAAAUGCGUCCUGUGACUCCCUGUGAUAUUGUGAAAUAUAUUUGGGCUUCCUCUUUGGUUCCUGAAAUUCAGCUCCUAACACCAUUGGAAUCUGCAAUCAUAAGAGUAUUUUUUGUAUGCUAAUGAGAUGACUGGUGGUUAGGAGUGCUAGAAAGCUCCAGAAUGAUGGCCUGUCACCUGACAGACCAAGUCAUGAUUAGAGUGUCAAAGCUUUCAGCAUCACCUCCCAACCUCUGGGGAAGAAGAAGAGCUGAAGGUUGAGCUGAUCACCAAUGGCCAUUGAUUUAAUCAAUCAAGCCUACUUAAUCAAUCUUUCAUAAAAUCCCGAAAGGACUGGGUUUGGAGAGCUUCCCAGUAGCUGAACAUGUGGAGAUUCCUGGAAGGUGGCAUGUCCAGAGAGGCUAUGGAAUCUCCUCACCCUUUCCCAUGUAACCUUGUCCUAUGUGUCUCUUCUUUUUUUUUUUUUUUUUUUUUUUUU